CAAGAGAGAGUUGGCAAAGAGCUUUGUGCUUUGCUCCUUCGUUGCCAUUUCCCCAUGAGUUGGUGGUGGGCGCAACUUAUUUCUAUCUAUCUGUAUAUCUAUCUAUCUAUCUUUAGCUAACGCAGAAGAAGAAGGGGAAGCCCACAGAGAGAGAGAGAGAGAAGUAUAAGCGAAGCUCUCUGCCAAAUCACUCUUUUUCCUCUCUCUCUCUCUCUCUCUUUUCCACUCGCUUCCCCCCGUCUCCUUCGCCAUGAUCUCCUUGAAUGCCAGCUGCUUUCUGAACAAGUCGGUCUAUGGCGUUCCCCGAGGUUUAUCGCAUUCGCAGAGGAAAGCGCAGGCUCCUGUGCAGGUGGGAGCUUUGAGCUCGAAUGGCCGAUCGGCCGACCGAAACGCCGCCGUCUUGAUGGAGAAUACGCUCAAGGAGAUGAGGGACGCCUCGUCGGCCGUGGACGUUGACCCCAAAUCCAAUGUUGUCGGCGGCGGCGUUGAUGACGUGUACGGUGAGGAUACGGCCACCGAGGAUCAUCCUGUUACCCCUUGGACUGUCUCUGUUGCUAGUGGCUAUUCAUUAUUGCGGGACCCACAACACAACAAGGGGCUUGCCUUCUCCGAGAAGGAGAGGGAUGCUCACUACCUGCGCGGUCUUCUCCCCCCUGUUGUUGUUCCUCAUGAUCUUCAGGUAAAGAAAAUGAUGCAUAGUCUUCGGCAAUAUCAAGUCCCACUGCAGAGGUACAUGGCCAUGAUGGAUCUCCAGGAGAUGAAUGAAAAGCUGUUCUACAAGCUUCUCAUUGAAAAUGUUGAGGAGCUGCUCCCAGUUGUUUACACUCCAACUGUUGGUGAAGCUUGCCAAAAAUAUGGCAGCAUCUUCAGGCGUCCUCAGGGUCUUUUUAUUAGUUUGAAAGAGAAAGGCAAAAUUCUUGAGGUACUGAAGAAUUGGCCCCAGAGGAAAAUUCAGGUUAUUGUUGUGACUGAUGGGGAAAGAAUUUUGGGCCUUGGAGAUCUUGGCUGUCAGGGGAUGGGGAUACCUGUGGGGAAGCUUUCUUUGUACGCGGCACUUGGAGGGAUUCGUCCAUCAGCUUGCUUGCCUAUAACUAUUGAUGUGGGGACAAACAAUGAGAAGUUGUUGAAUGAUGAAUUUUACAUUGGGCUCAGACGAAGGAGGGCAACUGGGCAGGAAUAUGCUGAACUAAUGCAUGAAUUUAUGUCUGCGGUCAAGCAAAAUUAUGGAGAGAAAGUUCUCAUUCAGUUUGAAGACUUUGCAAACCAUAAUGCUUUUGAUCUGCUUGCAAAGUAUGGCUCUUCACAUCUUGUCUUCAAUGAUGACAUACAGGGAACAGCAUCUGUGGUCCUUGCAGGGCUUAUGGCAUCAUUAAAGUUAGUGGGGGGAACAUUGGCUGAGCAUACAUUUCUAUUCCUCGGAGCAGGAGAGGCUGGCACUGGGAUUGCAGAACUUAUAGCACUUGAGAUAUCGAAACAGACUGGGGCCCCAUUAGAAGAAUGCCGAAAGAAAAUUUGGCUUGUUGACUCGAAGGGAUUGAUUGUAAGCUCCCGCUUAGAAUCACUUCAACAUUUCAAAAAACCAUGGGCCCAUGAACAUGAACCUGUCGGAGAAUUCGUUGAUGCUGUUAAGGCAAUUAAACCAACGGUGUUGAUAGGAUCAUCAGGAGCAGGAAGAACAUUUACUAAAGAAGUAAUUGAGGCUAUGGCAUCCUUCAAUGAGAAACCGGUCAUUCUUGCUCUCUCCAAUCCAACGUCACAAUCUGAAUGUACUGCUGAAGAAGCUUACAAGUGGAGUCAGGGCCGUGCCAUUUUUGCAAGCGGGAGCCCAUUUGGCCCAGUUGAAUAUGACGGGAAGGUUUAUUUGUCUGGCCAGGCAAAUAAUGCAUACAUUUUCCCUGGGCUUGGGCUUGGUUUGAUAAUCUCUGGUGCAAUACGCGUUCAUGAUGACAUGCUUCUGGCAGCCUCCGAAGCUCUAGCAGCUCAGGUUUCGCAGGAGAACUUCGACAAGGGUCUCAUAUACCCGCCAUUCACGAAUAUCAGAAAGAUUUCUGCCCACAUUGCUGCCGAGGUGGCUGCUAAAGCUUAUGAACUGGGUUUGGCUACUAAUCUCCCUCGACCGCGGGACCUGGUUGCACAUGCAGAGAGCUGCAUGUACAGCCCCAAAUAUCGAAGCUAUCGGUGAACCCACCGGCCUAUUUUGUCUCUCUGGAAAACCAUUUUAAAGCUAUUUGUCAUGUCAAUUUUCAGUUUUCCGUUCUCAGGUUAAAUUGCCCUCUUCUCCCCCUUUUUUUGUUUGUUGAAUACGUUUGAAGCCCAUUUUGGGUUCACAAAAGUGUUGUGUACUAGAAGAAGAAGAUGAAGAAGAAGAAGAAGAAGAAAAUCAUACAGAAAUACUAAGGGAAGUUAGAGACUGUAACAUUUUGUUGUUAGCUUAUUAUUACUAAGCAUAAUAUACUUUUUACCAUAUAUUAAUUAAUUAGAAUAUUUUGGUGUCA